AUGUGCAUAAAAGAUCUCACACGGGGGAGAAGCCACAUUCCUGUCCUGAGUGCGGGAAAUGUUUUUCAGACAACCAAUCUUUACAUGUGCAUCAAAGAUCUCACACGGGUGAGAAGCCACAUUCCUGUCCUGAGUGCGGGAAAUGUUUUUCAAGAAAAUCAGUACUUGUCACACAUCAGAGGUCUCACACGGGGGAGAAGCCGUAUUCCUGUUCUGAGUGCGGGAAAUGUUUUUCAGAGAAGUCCAGUUUUUACAAACAUCAGAAAUCUCACACAGGGGAGAAGCCGUAUUCCCUGUUCUGAGUGCGGGAAAUGUUUUUUAGAUAAAUCCAGUCUUUACAAACAUCAGAGAUCUCACACGGGGGAGAAGCCGUAUUCCUGUCCUGAGUGCGGGAAAUGUUUUUCAGACAAGUCCAAUUUUUACAAACAUCAGAGAUCUCACACAGGGGAGAAGCCGUAUUCCUGUCCUGAGUGCGGGAAAUGUUUUUCACAGAAGUCCAUCUUUUACAAACAUCAGAGAUCUCACAUGGGGAAAGCCACUUUCUGGUCCUGA